GCUUGCUCCAUGAUUUGUUAUUUAAUGAUUGCCUUUGCCAACUCUAUCCACCAUUCAUUCAACUUGAUAUCUUCUAAUUAUGUAUACCAACUUUGUUUUUCCAAGGUGUGCAGGCACAGCCAUAGGCAUAAGCUCCACCUUCAUGGAUGUUUUACAUGCAAAACAAACUGUGAUGCUGAAGGAGGCUAAGCAUGUAAUGAAGAAACUUAUUAGCGAGGAUCCAAUAAUGGAGAGUUUGUGCAUGGUUGACUUAAUCCAAAGGCUUGGCAUUGAGCACCACUUUCAAGAGCACAUUGAAGCCGCACUUGAGAAGCAACAUUUCAUAGUGACCAGAGAUCCCAUUGAUUUUGUCCAAAGCCAUCAACUUGACAAAGUUGCACUCACGUUCCGUUUACUCAGACAAGGAGGUUAUUCAGUUAAUGCAGAUAUAUUUGAGAGGUUGAAAAAUAACAGAGUGCAGUUCGGAGAAGCAUAUGGCGAAGAUUUGACGAGUCUCAUAGCGGUACAUGAAGCAGCGCAGCUAAGCAUUGGAGAAGAAGAUACUUCUCUUGAGGAUGUGGGGCGCCUCUGCCGCGAGCUUCUUCAUUCAUGGCUGUCAAGGCAUCAUCAUCAUCAUGAAGCUCAAUAUGUUGCAAUCUCUCUCCAGCAACCACUUCAUCACAACUUGCCUAGAUUCAUGGACAAAACCAUCUUGCUUAGGAAUUUCAAGCCCGACAAAAAAUCUGUGUGCUUUGUGGAACUUGCAGAAAUCAAUUCCUGUAUAGUUAGGCUCAUGAACCAGCAUGAAGCCCUUCAAGUUUCAAAAUGGUGGAAAGGGGAAGCUAUGUCGAAGGAGCCGAAAUUUGCAGAGUAUGAAGCUCUAAAAUGGUACAUGUGGUCCAUGGCAUGCUUCACAGAUCCGAGCUUUUCAGACCAAAGGCUUGAGCUUACCAAACCUAUCUCUCUGGUCUACAUCAUUGAUGACAUUUUCGAUGUUUAUGGCACGUUGGAUCAGCUUAUUCUAUUUACUGAUGCGGUUAAGAGAUGGGAAUUGACCGGAACAGAGCACCUUCCCGAAUUCAUGAAAAAGUGUUUAAGUGCUCUAUAUGAAAUUACAAAUGCUUUCUCCGAAAAGAUCUACAAAAAGCAUGGAUUGAAUCCUAUAAAUACCCUUAAAAAAUCGUUUUUGCAAUUGUUGAAUGCCUCCUUGGAAGGGGCACAUUGGUCUGAUUCUGGUGAAUUGCCAAAUUCAGAGGAGUACUUGAAGCAUGCAACUGUAAGCACAGGACUGCACGUGAUGCUUGUCCAUUCAUUUUUCCUUUUCCAUCAAAAUAUAACAAAGGAAACUCUUGCAAUUUUAGACGACUUUCCAGACAUUAUAUAUUCCGUCGCAAAAAUCCUUCGUCUUUGUGAUGACUUAGAAGGACACAAGGUAAAAUCCAAGUCUGUUCCAUUAUUCUUUAAGAUGCACCACAAGAAAGUUAUAUUUAAUUCCAUUACCAAUCAUGUUGAGGAGCUGAUUUCAAUGGAAUGGAAGCGUCUCAAUCGACAAGUGUUGGGCAGAGAUCAGCAAUUUCCAUCGUCAUUUACCAAAUUCUGCCUGAGUGCUGCUAGAAUGGUCCCUCUAAUGUAUCAUUACCGCACCAAUCCAAGCCUUUCCAACCUACAUCAACAUGUCAAGUCUAUUGCUAAUGCUGGUGUUGCACACGUAAAUUCACUUGUACUAUAAGCUUAUGAACAUGGACAUGAUUUAAUUUCUUUUCAAAGAAUGAUCAGAAGUUGUUGUUUGCAUAUUAACCUUUGUUCUUUGACAGAAGACAUCGCCAUAAAGGAUCAGAUGAUUUUUCAUUUUAA